AUGGGACCUCUUUUUAAAUCCUUACAAUUAGUUGACAAUGAGAAAAAUCAUGUUAUGGGAUAUAUUUAUGAAGCUAUAGAUAGAGCUAAAGAAGCCAUUGCAAAAUCAUUUGAGGGGAAGUCUGCGAAGUACAAAGAUGUUUUUGAGAUCAUUGAUCAAAGAUGGGAAUUCCAAUUGCAUCAACCAUUACAUGCCGCUAGACAUUAUUUGAAUCCCAAGUAUUUCUAUCAAGAUCCAGCCUUUGAGAAUUGUAGAGAAGUAACGAAUGGACUAUAUGCUUGUAUUCAAAAAUUGGUUCCAAGUAUUGAAGUUCAAGAUAAGAUUGUAUCUGAGUUACCAUUAUAUACAAGAGCUGAGGGACAAUUUGGAUUUCCCAUGGCAAAAAGAUCAAGAGCAACGAGAUCUCCGGCCACUCAUCUCCAAAAAUUAGCCAUUAUAGUCUUGAGCUUAACCGUUAGUUCAGUUAGUUGUGAGCGUUAUUGGAGUGCUGUUACUAACAAUGAGAUCCAUAGCAAGAAUAGAUUAGAGCAUAAAAGAUUGAAUGAUCUAGUGUAUGUCAAGUAUAAUCAUGUUCUAAGAACUCGCUUUGACUUGCGGAAUAUCAUUGAUCCAAUCUCAUUGGAUCAUAUUGAUCAUAGUGAGUGGUUGGUUAAAGAAAUGGGGGUAAAUUUUGAAGCGGAAAAUGAAUUGGUGUUUGGGGGAGAUGAUGACUUGACUUGGGGCGAUGUGGCUAGAGCAUCAGGAAGUGAAGAUGCACAAACAUACUCAUACUCAAUGAGACAAAGUAGACCAUCAAAAACUUUGGCAAUCGGUGCUUCAAGCUCUCAAGUUCGAUGUAUUAAUGUAGAUAUAGAUGAUGAUGUUGAUUCUGAGGAAUCAGAGGAAGAAGAUAUUGAAGGUUAUAAUUCUAGUGAUACCAAUGAGAUUAUCCAAUUGAAGUGGAUGAUGACAACUUAG